UUUUUGUAAAUUGUCACAUGACGAAAACUGACGAAGUCUAUCAUUGUCCAUAAAUCUGUAAUAUGCCAUUUAGGUCUAGUGUCAUGAACGACUGGAACUCUGGAGGUCUGCAGCUGCUCACUGUUUAACUAUUUAAAAUACCUUGUACCCUUAUAUUUGAUGAUUUCACAUUCAUUCAGUUGUGUGGUUAUUAAAAAUGUAAAAUGGUGUUGGAAUCUUGUUCUGUCAAAAGAUUACUACUGUUAAUUAUUUUCAUCGGAGGGAUUACUCUACUAAUAUUUAUAAAAAUUACAUCUUCAAGUGCAUUGUCUGGUCUUAAUGCCACAAUUGCAACAGAGACAUCUGAAGGUGUAAAAGAUCAUAAAAACUCAUCAAAUAAAUGUUGGUUGCGAGAAGAAAAUACAAUUCUGAAAGAGUGUCAUUUGUGUUCUGACAAACUUGAAUGCAUAAAUGCGAGUUAUGUUGAAACAAUUAAAUGCAAAAUUUCUGGACUAGCAUAUAGAAAUUGCAGAAAACCAACUAUAAGAACAUCAGAAAAAGAAUUUUGGUUAUUCCAAGGCUCACAAUUUGUUAUUGCUGUAAUCAGCUUAUCUGUUAUACAGUACAAAAAAAAACAGUUUCAUAAAAAGUUAAUGAAAAGAAUACAAAAACAAUUAGAUUCCGUUGUAUAGCAGUAUACAGCUGUACAUCACGUAUUGUACAAAUUAAAAAGUUCGUCAGUUUUUUCAAUGUCUUCCUUAUUUGUUAAUAUUAUUGAUUUGGAUAAAACCAAUGGACAUAUUGUAUGUUCAUUGCAAACAUCGAUUGUUUUAUUUGUUUGUCGAUACAUCAAAGCUCCAGUUAUUCUUGUAGUAUCCACAAAUAUUGAAGACAAGCAUAAUAUAUUCAAAUUCUCCAUCAAUGAUUUAAGUUAUACAGUUAUAUUAGAAAAUGAUUUACCUAGACCAGCUGCAGACUGUUUAUUGCCAGUAUUUCAAAGUGACAAUGGAUAUUAUUGUACUGCUGGAUUUUGUUCUUCGUUACGAAUGCUUAUUAAGAGUAUUCAAAAAAACUGGAUUUGGCUGCUUGGUUUUAGACAAAGUUGUCUAUCCGCUUGUGCCGAAGUUUCAUCAUGGACCAAAUAUUGUGAAGUCCAAUUGCAGGCAUCAAUAAAAACUUUUUUCGAUUAUCAAAUCUCUGAUGAAAAUGCCACAUAUGAAAUUCCAAUACAACUUGCUCGAUUUGAAUGCCAUCUAUCACAGCCGUUGCAAAUACACAAUAUUAAUAAGCGUCUAAAUGAAAAAUCACUCCAUCCUACUCAAAGAUUUGCAGAUGAGGACAAUCCAACACUUUCAGAUGUACUUAUACUACCAAAUAUAUAUAUUGCUUAUGAAUUGCUAGGCGAAAAUACAAUGAAUACUUUUUUACCUUUAACUUUAAAAUGGUACAAAUCUAUUUUGGAACGCUUAGAUAUUGGUAGUUAUUUAGAAAAUAUCAUUUUUGAUAGAGUUAAAUUGCCAAAAAAUCUAAUUUUGCCUGAAGUUCCAUUUUAUUCAUUAUAUAAAUGUGAUUUACGCCGGUAUAAUCCACGAGCGAAAACAUAUGUUAAGCAAAAUGUACAAGAAAUAAUCCAGGCAUUUGAUACCUUAAAUAUCAAUAUAGAUUUAAGCUCUAAUAAUUUGUGUCCUAUUGACUGGGAUGAAUUACCGUACGAGGUUCGUCCAUCUGGUGGAGAUAUACCUGAUAAAAGAUUAAUCAGAAAAACGCAACAAUUGGAAAAUCUUAUUCAAUCUACAUUAAAUGUUGUUAAAGAUGGUGACGUAGUAGUAGAUUUUUGUUGUGGGAGUGGACAUUUAGGAAUUGUAAUUGCUUAUCUUGUACCAAAUCUAACAGUAAUAUUGGUCGACAAUAAAGAAGAGUCUUUACGAAGAGCUAGAGAGCGUGUUGAGAAGUUGGAUUUAAAAAACAUUAUGAUUGUGCAUUCUAACUUGGAUUAUUUUAAAGCAAAUUUCCAGGUAGGUUUAUGUUUGCAUGGAUGUGGUGUUGCUACAGAUUUGGUAUUAGAAAAGUGCUUACAGCAAAAUGCAGCAUUUGUUGUGUGUCCCUGCUGUUAUGGAGGUGUCCAAGAUAAUCAUAUUUUGGAAUAUCCAAGAAGUCAAGCAUUGAGACAAGCUAAUUUCUCAUUUGAAGAUUACUUAGUACUGUGCCAUUGUGCAGAUCAAACCCAUUUUGAUCCAAAUUGCACAAAAACACAGCAAGGUUAUACAUGCAUGGCGGCAGUAGAUAAAGAUCGUGCAUCCAGAGCAAUGGAAGUUGGUUAUAAUGUGACACUUUCAAAGUUAGAACCACCUACAUGUACACCAAAAAACAAUAUGCUCAUUGGUAUCCCAUCAUAGAAAUAAAUUCAGCAUUACAAUAAUAUUUUUAUUAACAUUUUUAACAUAUCAAAACAACAUUGUAUAAUUUGAUAACUGAUCUGGUUCAUUAUAUUAUGUUAAACAAUUUUACUUUUCAACAUUUUUCCAUUUAAAAUCAAUGUUAAUGAACAAUGGUAACAACACAUUAUUUUAAUAGUAUGAAUAAAUAACAUGCAUUUUAAGUCAUUUUUGUAAUUAUUUAUAAAUUGUAUUAAUUAAAAAUGUUGCUCAGAUUAAAAUUAAUUAAAACUAAUAAAUAAUUUAAUAGAAUAAAUAACAACAAAAUAAAAA